AUGUGCGAGUCACGAACCAACUGUCAUUUAGCGUGUGUCUGGUCCGCCGGGUUCGAUUUGAAUCAUUCGCAAUCCUGCAGGACGGCUGUGUCAUGGCCACCCAACAGAUACGUCCCUCGAGAACGACGUGCGAGCUGCCAUGCGGUCUGCGCCGGUUCUCAUCAUCAACACCGCAACAAGCCGUCCGGCAGCGCUACGCGGAUGCUCGUUCAGGAGAGGUGCAGCCGCAGCACGUCUGACAUCCACGUGCCACGUGGAGCUUUCCGUCCGCAGGGCGCUUUUCCAUCAGCCACACCCACAACGGCUCUUCUGCACCCUGGUCCGGACGACCCAUCGCCAUUCACCCCUCCUCCACCACCAUCCGCCAUCUCACAUCACACUGUCCAUCAAUUGGUCCCACACGCCUCCGACGCCCACUACGUGUGCUGUGCGCCAUUUGUGUGA